AUGCCUGAGACGGAGGCGGAGGUGACCCUGGUCGGUAGUUCUACCGGCCGAUGCCUGAGACGACUCUUCUCUGGUAGGAUUGGUUAUGCUCUUCUUCCAAUUGAAAGCCACAUUGGGAAGAAAUGUUCUGGCUUAUCAGAUGCAAGUCCAGAUCCCUCGGCGUCUUGGCCUCACAUUCCUGUGGUGAGCAUUCCUGAAGAUCUGACAGUGAAAAUUGCCCUAUCUCUGAAAUACGAGAUCAACAGGAGUCUUGCUGUUUUAAGGGAAAUUGCAUUAGGACGCGACCUGAAGAAAUUCCUUGCUGUUAUUGCUGGUCUAUGGGUUAUUUCAAUCGUUGGAAACUGCACGAAUUUCCUGACAUUUUUUUAUAUCGUUUUCAUCACGCUUCACACCGUGCCGUUCUUAUAUGACAAACAUGAAGACCAAGUUGAUGCAUUCGGGGAGAAGGCAGCUGCAAAAUUCAAGAAGCACUAUGCAGUGGUUCACGCCAAGUAUCUGAGUAAGAUACCAAAAGGGCCAUUGAAAGACAAAAAAUCCCAGUAAGACAAAAAAAAAGAUGGUAUCGCAUGGUGUCCUGAUGUUCAACGGUAGCUAUCUUUUUCGUGCUUUAGUUCCAACUUUCGGUCUCUCAGUGCUGAACCGAGUUACUGGUUUUUGAAACUUGUCGUGUCGUGGCUGGGACCGGUUCUUGUUUUUUUUUGUUUGUUAAUGUGGGUUCUCCUAAAAUCUUUUGCGGUAUUGCAAAUAUACAUGUAAUAUUUAUGCUUGCUUGGAGUGGUGUUAGAAUUAGAAUUGAUGGGUUGGUAAAUUAUGCAGGGAAUCUGAAACAGAUAAUUAAAGCUUAUUGUUUCCUUUUUUUUAUCUGUA